AUGUCGUCCCUCACUCGUCGAGCAUGCUACAAAUGUGGCAACGUCGGCCACUACGCUGAAGUGUGCACCUCGUCCGAACGCCUCUGCUAUAAUUGCAAGCAGCCCGGUCACGAGAGCAACCAGUGCCCUCACCCUCGGACAACUGAAACCAAGCAGUGCUAUCACUGUCAAGGCCUAGGUCAUGUCCAGGCCGACUGCCCAACUUUGCGAAUCACUGGCGGGGCCGCCGGCGGCCGCUGCUACUCCUGCGGACAGAUGGGGCACAUCGCACGCAACUGUCCAGGCGGCGCUCCCAUGGGCGGUCCACCGAUGCGUGGUGGAUACCAGGGAGGCAGGGGAGGGUUUCGCGGCGGCUACGCUGGUGUGCAAAACAACCGUGCCGCUACCUGCUAUAAGUGUGGAGGGCCGAAUCAUUAUGCACGCGACUGCCAGGCGCAAGCAAUGAAAUGCUACGCCUGCGGCAAGCUGGGACACAUCUCGCGAGACUGUACUGCACCCAACGGCGGACCUCUCAACGCGGCGGGCAAGACUUGCUACAAGUGCGGACAGCCUGGGCAUAUCAGCAAGGACUGCACGGCUGCUGAUGCUGGCGCGGCUCCUGCCGAGGGUAUCGAUGUCGCCGCUGUCCCCACUGCAACUGUUGCAUAG